CGCACACCGGCGAUGAUAUAUUCUCAAUGGCUAGAAUCAUGUGACGUAACUCAGAAUCCAUUUCUUAUAACCUGCUCUCCGUCAGGGUGCGGAAUCAGGAACAAUCAAAAUGGGUGCAGAAGAACCAAUUGUCAACGAGCAUGGAUGCUCCAAUUCUGGGGGUGUCAAGGUCAUGGGCAUCCAAGGGAGGAUGGCGCGAGAGAGAGAAAGGUUGAUUGGCAUGACAGAUGCUGAACGUGCAUGGAGAGCGAAAUGGGUUAAAGAUCAACAACUUCAUGGAGAACCAAUUGUUCCAGAAAAUUUUUAUAAAAACAGAUACAACCCCAUCAGAAGAUUCUACAGAUACCCAUUGGAUAAAUUUGAGGCUGCUAUAGGUCCUGUAGUGGGAUCUAUGAAAGCACAAGUAAUAAGACAUCUGAUAGCUAAAUGCUCAAUGGGUCUUUUAUUCACCUAUUCAGUUCAUUACUAUUUCAAAUACAACGCAGGAGAUUGGACUCGUAAAGGAGGAUGGAAAGUUACAUCAAACAGACCAGCUAUGGCACCUGGUGAUCCAGACUUUCCCAACUUCAAAGAUACUAAACCAAAUGAAUAUGCUACUUUUGGUUUUGAAAAGUCCCCUAUAUAAACAUUUGCAGCAAUAAUAAUGUAAAUAUAGUGUAAUAGUCUAAAUUUUCAAUGUUAUUCCAAUUAAGGGUUAAUAAAUUUACAAAA